AUGGCAUCCAAAAAGGUGAAAGCCCCCCAACCAGAAACGGCCAUUGUUUCCGGCCCGCAGCCCAAAGAGGGAGAGUUGGUUUUUGGCGUGGCGCACAUAUUUGCCUCCUUUAAUGACACCUUUAUCCACGUCACUGAUUUAAGUGGAAGGGAAACCCUCGUCAGGAUUACAGGUGGCAUGAAAGUCAAGGCUGACAGAGACGAAUCCAGCCCGUACGCAGCCAUGAUGGCAGCACAGGAUGUCGCAGUCCGACUUAAAGAAUUGGGAGUCUCAGCCAUUCACAUCAAGUUAAGAGCCUCAGGGGGCACCAAGUCGAAGACGCCGGGUCCAGGUGCGCAAUCAGCCUUAAGCUUUAGCACGUUCUGGAUUAAAAAUAGGGCGAAUAGAGGACGUGACUCCAAUCCCUACCGAUUCCACGAGGAAAAAGUCCGGAAGAAGAGGAAGACGUUUGUAGAGCAGUUUGCGUAG